AGGUUCCGGAGUGCGCAGGCGCGGUGGACGGUCCUCGCGCACGCACACGGCCGUCUGUGGUCUGUUUCGACUUCCCGCCACUGGUCGCGCGCAUCACCGGAGCGAGAGCGAGGGAGGCCAGGCGCGUGCGCGAGAGUAACCAGCAAACCAAACCAACCCCCUCCCCCCCUUUUCUCCCUCCUUCCCUUCACACAUAAUACCGGCGAGAAGAAGAGAGACCCCCCCCGCCCUCCGGAGACCACCUCCGUCCUCCGGUUACCACCUCCGUCCUCCGGUUAUCUGGGCCGCGGCGCUCCCUGGAGGACUCUUUGUAGGCUCCGUGCUAGCAGUGCAGGCCGCAGUCGCUUCCUGUCACCCGGGGCUGCAGAGGAAUUGGAGAACGGAAGAGCCGGGACGGAGCGGAGCGCGGCCUAGAGUUGUGGGGUAGGCCCCGGAUCUCUGCACUGUGACAGACCGAUCUCCAUGUGAGCCCUGGAGCCGCCCGAUGGAGAGGAGGACCCGGCCAGCCCUCAGCCUAUGAAUUCGGGGCAUCCCAGCCCCCAUCUCCCCCCAGAAACAAUGACCUGGGGGUAAGGUGCAGGCCUCAGCGUCUCCAUGGUAACCAGCGCACCCAGGAACUAUGUGAUGCCCAUUGAUCUCUAUGAAGCCCCCGCUGUCCUGAAACCGUGUGCCGGCUCCUAGGCUGACCCCUGGAUCCUGUCAUUUCAUAUACCCCCCUCCCUCCCUGGGACAUGUGAGCUCUGGAGCCCUCCCCUCCCUAAAAAACUGGAUCGUUAGAAGGACCCCUUGUUUGAUGACUGAGGGGGGGAGGGUGCUUGGAUUAUCCCAUUGAUUUUCUUUUUUUGGAGGUUUGAGGAAGAGAAGAACCCAUUCUGGAGACCAGGAGCAUGCUUUCUAAUUUUCAUGCACUCAUUUUAUCUUCCUGUUCUUGGAUUAUUUCAUUGCCUUGGUGGGAUUCUGCACCCUGAUCUGUACCUCUGCCUCCCUUCUGAAUGGAUAUAUAACAACAACAAAAAAAAAUUGCAUUGAUUUUCUGUAUGCUGGAGCCCGCAGUAUAAGAAGUCUGCAAUGAACCCAGUGAAUGCCACCACUCUGUACAUCGCAGCUAGCCGACUGGUGCUGAACUACGACUCUGGGGACCCACAAGCUUCAGCCGAGAUCUGCAAGAUGCUGCCUUUCUUCAGACAGGCCUUGGCCUGCUGUGUUUGCGGAAAUUUGCUUGAAGAUCCUAUAGCUCCAAUGAAUUCUACUUGCCAGCAUUAUGUUUGCAAGCAGUGCAAAGGAAAAAAGAUGAUGAUGAAGCCCUCCUGCAGCUGGUGUAAGGACUAUGAUCAGUUUGAGGAGAACAAGCAGUUGGGCAUCCUGGUGAGCUGCUAUAAAAAACUAUGUGAGUAUAUCACUCAUACCCCUCUGGCACAAGACUUAUUAAAUACUUUGGAAUGCUCCGCCGACAUCGCUGCAUUUCUUCCUGAAGAACCUGUGGAAGAACCUGCACCUGAAGAAGACCACGCUAACCCCUCAGAGCCCCCUUCACCACUGUGUCCUUCUCAUUCCCCCUUACCUCCCAAUUCAGAACUGAUUACAGAGACUGAAGCCAAUGUCUGUCACAUCACUCAAGAUACACCAGAGCUAGAGACAAAAUGCUCAAUUACUAAUGGCUUACCAAACUGUAAUGGAUUAUCUGAAACUGAACUUUCUGUAAAUAUUCCCUCUCCUGAGAGUCCUAGUCCCAUCGACCUUUGUUGCACAGCUGUUGAUAUUAAAACAGAAGAUUUAUCAGGAAGCUUGGAGACUGUCUGUGACCCAGUUUCUACUAGUGAGCUUUGUGCUGCUGGACUUGAUAUAUGUAGUUAUAAUGAUGACCUGAAAAGUAGUGACCCAUUGCUACUUAGCGUAGAGGAAGUUCUUCAGAGCUUAGAGACAGUUUCCAGUUCAGAGGUUACGGACUGUGACCUACAGCAUAGUUUGGACACUUCGGUAUCAAAUGGCACUUUCCUGGAUAUCUGCCCUCAGCCUCUCACACACACUGUUUUAUUGUCGGACAGUCACGUUCCAUCACAUGGUGUGUCUUGUACAGCUGCAACCCUAAAAAUGGUGAAAACAAACCGGAAGCGUUCACGCUCAGAAAGUGACAGUGAAAAGGUUCUGCCACUUCCAAUCUCCAGCAUCAUACUUGGACCAGCGUUGGGUACCCCGACUCCUUUUCUACUGACUCGGGAAAACAGGAACUUUUUGCAGCCCAUUGUCACUGUCCCAAAUGGGGGUAGCUCAUCCAAAAUCAGCAAGACCAUUCUUCUUUCAAAUAAAACCAUAAAGAAGAACCCAGAGCACAUGCAUAAGAAAACACAUCCAAAAACCAAACCCCCUUUACUAAAAACAAAAGACAAGGUUAAGGAGAAGAUCCCCAGCAAUAAUUUGAUCCCUGGGAGCCCAACAAAAACUGUGUAUAAGAAACCACCAGAGAAGAAAGGUUGUAAAUGUGGACGUGCUACUCAGAAUCCAAGUGUUCUAACAUGCAGAGGCCAGCGCUGCCCUUGCUACUCAAAUCGAAAGGCUUGUCUUGACUGUAUUUGCCGUGGUUGCCAAAACUCUUACAUGGCAAACGGAGAGAAGAAGUUGGAGGCGUUUGCCGUGCCAGAGAAGGCUUUAGAGCAGACUCGGCUUACUUUGGGCAUUAAUGUGACAAGCAUUGCAGUGCGGAAUGCCAGCACAAGCGCAAGUGUCAUUAACGUUACGGGAUCACCCGUAGCAACAUUUUUAGCUGCCAGUCCUCACGAUGACAAAAGCUUAGAUGAAGCUAUAGACUUGAGAUUUGACUGUUAAUUGUGCUAACUGUUCUCUGGCUUUUGGAGGGCAGGAGAAUGGUUGUAGUUUUAUGGCAGCUAUGGUUCUGUUUGGUUAACUUGCCGGAGCUUCUGCAUAUAGAUCACUUGUAUCAAGUGUGUUCAUUGCUAAGUUAUGUGUUCAUGUGUUUUGGGCUGGGUAGGGUGGGUGGGAGGCACUGGGAUGGCACGAGGGUUGUAAGAGAAUUUGUAACCCUUAAGUCUGUCAGUUUUCUUGACUCCAUUACAAGGGUUAGUGAUAUGAUUUCAAAUUUACUAUGAUGCACCUGAUUUAUAGAAAAUGAUCUUUGGCAAGAAAAAGCAACCACACACCAACCUCUUGUAUCCUGUCAUACAUUGUUUUAUCUGUUGUCCAAUAUAUCUGUGAGGGUGACUCCCUAAUCUUAUUACAUUCUAUAGAAAUCAAAAUGCAAAUUCCAUGUCCUUUUUGUUAGAAGAACCUCUUGCAGUGCACAUUUCAAAUUCAGAUAACCCAGUACGGUAACAUUUAAUUGCUUUGUUGCCCGACAUUUGCUUGGAGCUGGCUGUUUGCAACAAUGUGACUUCAGUUUGCUGCACAUUCUCAGCAAGAAGGUGUAAUGUUGGGCUACUAGAGUGAUUAAAAAGUUCCUGUGGUGUUUAGGUUCUACCUGCCAAUUUAGUAUUUUUUUUUGUCUUCAGGUGUUAGGUCCAGUCUGUUAAAACCUUUUUUGUAAUAUACCUGCAGCAUUCCAAAGAAAAAGCAUGCUAAAGCCUAUUUUAUUUUACACCAAUUCAGCUUGUUUAUCUGUUCAUUUUGUUGUGUUUUUGAGGUUUACAGAGUGAUUGUGACUUGCAGAAAAAGUCCCCCAGCGAUGUAUUAAAUUUAAAGAGCUACAUGUUUUAAAGAGAG